AUGCCCAGGGUCGUAAUUGACAAUGGAGUUUGCCCCAAUUCAACUGUCGUCAAGAUCGAUAGCGCAAGAAGCCCAGGGAUAUUGCUUGAAUCUGUACAGCUUCUCACCGAUAUGAAUCUCUGGAUUAGGAAAGCUUACAUUUCCUCUGACGGAAAAUGGAAUAUGGAUGUUUUUCAUGUUUGCGAUCUUAACGGAAACAAAUUAACCGACGAGAACCUAAUCCGUUACAUUGAGAAGUCGAUUGAGACGUCUCAUUACAGUAAAAGCGAAGGGUACACCGGUUUAACCGCUCUAGAGUUAACCGGAACAGACAGAGUCGGUUUACUCUCAGAGGUUUUCGCGGUUCUAGCUGAUCUCGAGUGUGAUGUUGUCGAGGCCAAGGCAUGGACGCAUAACGGAAGGAUUGCGGCGAUGAUUUACGUUAGAGACGGUAGCUCCGGUACUCCGAUCGACGGAGAUUCCCAGAGGGUCCAACGGGUAGAAGGUCAGUUACGUAAUUUACUAAAAGCAGACGACGGUUACCAAAACGACACGAGGACAUGCGUUACGUAUGGUGGCAAUACUCACAUGGAGAGAAGACUGCACCAGAGGAUGUUCAUGGACCGUGACUACGAGAGGAAGUUUGAUACGGAGAAAUCUCCGAUCGUUUCGGUACAAAAUCUUCCCAAACGCGGUUACUCCGUCGUGAAUUUGCAGUGCAAAGAUCGGCUGAAGCUUCUGUUCGACGUUGUUUGCACGUUGACGGAUAUGGCUUACAUUGUGUUCCACGCUGCAAUUCGAACGGUUGGAGAAACGGCGUUUUUGGAAUUCUAUGUAAGACAUAGCGAUGGAAAUCCGGUUAGUUCAGAACCGGAGAGACAACGUUUGAUCCAAUGUUUACAAGCCGCAAUUGAAAGAAGAACGGUCAAGGGUGUGAGAUUGGAGCUAUGCACUGCGGAUAGACCGGGAUUGUUAUCGGAAGUAACGCGUGUAUUGAGGGAGAACGGUUUAAACAUUGCUAGAGCCGAGAUAUCGACUAAGGACGGUAUUGCGAGGAAUGUCUUCUACGUAACCGAUGCAAAUGGUAACCUAAUAGAUCCCGAGAGAAUCGAAUCGAUUCGAGAGAAGAUCGGAAUUGAUGAACUAAGUGUCAAAGAACCGGUUAGUUGCCGAGAAGCGGCUGAGAAGGAACAGCAGGGAGGAGAACCGCAAGAUCAGCAAGGACGCAUUGGAGGAGGGACAGUGUUGGUGUCACUUGGGAGUCUAGUGAUGAGAAAUCUAUACCAAUUGGGUUUGGUUAAAUCAUAUUUUUAG